CGGAAGCGAAGGGGAGGGAAGGGAAAGGGGGGGUGAGAGAUAGGGAUGUGCUACCAGCGUGUAUAGCGUAGGCGACAGGUAUAUUAGGAGGAAAGGGGAGGAGGGGGGGGAUGGCUAGGCGAGAAGCGCGCGCAUGGGAUAUGUACCCACGUAUGCAGGUAGCCUUUUUCUUGUCGGGUGCGCGACGAAAAAGAAGACGGCUCGUCGGAGCGCGCGCAGUCGGGAAUGCGCAGCAGCACACCCGAGUUCGCGCGGCCUGCCAUCGCCACGCUAAGAGACGAGACGUCGGUCGAUUCUCUGCCCGACUCGCCUUUGAUCGCAGCCCGUGCGCGCUCGCCCGCCUCGUGCCAAGUCGAAAAAAGGGGGGGAGGGGGGCGACAGACGUGGUCAUGGGGUUUUCCCCUUCUUCCUCCCUCGCUGCCACCGUCGCGGCCACACACACACAUACCUACCUGCCUACGUACCUAUCUAUCUACACCCACACCCGUGCGCCCGCCGCUACACACGCACACACCCAGGUGCAUGUCAGCGCGCACAGAGAGGCCCCCGCAUCGACGGGCCGUUCUGCUCUCCCCGCCGGCCCCCCUUGCGCGCGACGGGCGCCAGGUAAUCCAGAGGCAGCGAGGCAAACCUGCCAGACGCUGUCGCCGCCCGACGCGCCGAUGCCGCCUACCUACCUCCCUCCCCCUGGCGGCGCGCGCUGGCAGACGGGAUCGCGCAGCGGCGCAGGGGCCAAGGGGCGACGGCGAGACAGGCCUGCGGAGAGGAAGCCGCUCGUAUCCGCGGUGCGAGGGCUCGUGUGCGUCGGAACGCGGGCGGGCGGUCGGGUCUGUCUGUCUGUCUGUCUGUAUGUCUGUCUCUCGCACUCUUCUUCCUCCUCCUCCCUUCGCCCCCCCCCCCCUCGCUCGUUGGGCGCGCGCGCGAGUCCGCGGGCGCACGCAAUACCUAUGUCGUCUAGGCAGGCGAGGCCCCUCCUCGGUGCCGUCGUGGUCGCAGCUCGGCGGGACGGCGGCCGCGCGCCAGAGGGAUGGGAAAGAAAAAAGAAAAAAUAGGAGGAAAAAGAGCGGGUUGUGCGAGGACGAUCGACGGAUGAGGCGGUCUACCGAUUUUUUUUAUUUUUCGUGUCUCCCCCCCUUCGUCGUCCCCCCCCCCCCGGGGGGUUCUAGGAUCCGGAGGUAUCACAGGCGUCGACGCUGUCGCACUGGUGUAGAGAGAGGAAAGAGAGGUGGAGAUGGGGAGGCGCGAGGGUGUGGGUGGAGGAGGAGAAGGAGAAGGAGGAGGCGUGGAUGAAUGCGUUGCAUGCGCCGGGAUGUGGUAGAACGGCUUUGCGUUUUAUUGUUAAUCUUACCUAUUGAAUCCUCUCUCAUUUAACCUCGUCGAUUCGUUCCGAAGCGUCGACGUCCGGCAUGUGUGUGUGUGUGUGGGCGCAUUGCCAUCCGCACCCGUCGUCCUGGUGCCGACAUCAUACUACGGUUCCCUCCUACGCAUCUUACCUCGCCUGACAGACCUGCGCUACGUGCUACCACCACCUCUACUAUGCCGCGCUCUGCCCUGCGCACGCACAUCGAUGAUCCCGGCGGCGCCUCGGCACUGCAAGAUUGCGAGGCGGCAAUUUAAAGCGGCCGCGAGCCCGAGGGUUGGGCCGCUCCCGCUGUCUCUCUCUCUCUCUCUCUC